UCCCACCCAACACUACAAGGCUCGGUCUCGUACCGAUCUUACCCUCCUCCCACCCCCAGAAACCCCAUCCUUCCCAUCGACGCAGGCCGUAAGUCAGCCAGGCAGACAGCCAGUCAGUUAGCCAGCCAUUUGGUCCAGAAGGCACUUUUUGUGAUAAAUGUUCCUUGCGACGAUUAUACGACUAAGACUUAGACAACAACAGCAACAUCAUCAUCACAAGCAGCAGCAACAGCCAACAACGAUAUAACCGUUGUGGCUAUCAAAACAACAAAACAACGCAAUACCUAAAGGAAUAUGUUUAAAUCGUUUGUUUUAGCGAUUUUCGUGCGUUUGGUUCUUGGUGAUGAUGGUGAACCCUUUCAGACGUUGCACCAUUUUGGGUCUGUAGUUAAGUAUGGCACUCCACGACAUUUCCUGAAUGAUCCCAAUCAUCCACACGACUAUCAUGGCACUGAUCAGCAUCAACAGUUGCGUUCGGCCGGUGGUGUUGCAAGCGGAGGACGUCAAAAGAUUAAUAGUCGACAGCAAAAGAAGCAGGCUCAUCCCAAGGACUAUGUAGAGUUCGAGCAGAGCGACCAUGGCGACUAUGACGACUAUGGCAUACAUCCUUCGGAUUCCCCGCCCGAUCUAGAUGAGGAAUUUUAUGGCCAAGAAGGACCCCACUAUUCACAUGAAAUAUUUACUUCAGUACCUGAUUUAGGCGGCGUCUACCAUCCUGAUCUCAGUCGCAGUCCCUCACACAUUGGCUCCCGCAGUGGCAGCCGAACUGAUCUCUAUGGAGUGCGGGAAACUGGGGAGAGGCGCGAAACAACUCGCGGCCGAGACGGUUACAUGAAUCUGUUGCACAACAAGCACAACAAAGUGUUUCGGCCGCACAUCUCACUGGUGCAUGACGAGAACCGAUUGGCCAGUCCCAAUGACGGCUAUGGCCGCGACUGUCCCAAUGUAUGCGGGGAAAAGCAAUGGCAAUGUGCUACCAAAUGCAAUUGCAUCCACUCGAGUCAGCGAUGCGAUAAAAUUCCGCAAUGCGAUGAUGGCUCCGAUGAGUACGAGUGCGAAGCUCGCGAAGAUAUGUCGGCCAAGAUGACCAGGGAUUGUGAGGCCACGAAUCUGCAUGUCAUGUGUGCGAAUACCUUUCGGUGCAUCAACAAGGAUUGGCUUUGUGAUGGCGACGAUGACUGUGGCGACUACUCGGACGAGGCCAAGUGUGGAGAGCGAGCCGAGUGCACAGAGGAAGAGUUCAAGUGCGCCAAUGGUUUCUGUGUGAAGACAGAGUGGGUGUGUGAUGGCGAGAAUGAUUGUAAGGACUACAGUGACGAACUGCAUUGCAACCGCACAAGCUGUUCCAGCGAGCACUUCACCUGCGACAAUGGCGACUGCAUAUCUUUGGCUUUCCGCUGCGAUGGCGAACAGGAUUGUCGCGACAACUCCGAUGAGUACAAAUGUCCAGCCGUGAUCAACAGCUGCCCUGAGGGCGAAUUCAAAUGCAGAGGUGGAGGGGGAGGAGCCGGCGGUCCUGGUGGACGUUGUAUACUAAUGCGUUUCCACUGCGACGGCGAGAACAACUGCGGCGAUUGGAGCGAUGAGGAGAAUUGUCCCCAAAAGUCUACGCAAUGCAGUUCCAGUCAAUUCAAAUGUGCCGACGGCAACUGCAUUCCCUUGAGCUUCAAAUGCGACAAGGACCAAGACUGCGAUGGCGGCGAAGAUGAAAACGAAUGUGGCAAUAUGAACACCGACAUAGAUGCAGCCUGUAAGCCAAACGAAUUUACUUGUAAAAAUGGCCGAUGCAUUAUGCGCACUUGGAUCUGUGACGGCUAUCCGGAUUGUUCGUUGGGCGAAGACGAAGUCAACUGCACCCUGCAAUGCGAUGAUGGACAAUUUCUGUGUCCGGCCAAAAAGAACAUGACCAAUUUAAAGAUAUGCGUGCAUCAGAAACAUGUGUGUGACGGCCAUAGUGAUUGCCCCUUGGGUGAGGAUGAGAUGAAUUGUCCUCACUUUCGGCCAUGUGCACAGGAUAGCAAGUGUGAACAUCACUGCAUCAUAACCGCCAAGGGUCGUUAUGAGUGCGCCUGCCGUUUGGGCUAUUUAAUGCACACCAACAGGACAAACUGUAUCGACAUUGACGAAUGCCAGUAUACGACCAAUCCUGUUUGUUCGCAGAUAUGCGAAAACACCCAGGGAUCCUUCAAGUGUUCCUGCGAAAAAGGAUAUGUCUUGCGACCCGACUUGAGGACCUGCAAAGCUUUGGGAGGUCCCAUGACUCUGAUAGUGGCCAAUCGUUGGGAUAUCCGGCGGGUGACUUUGGGCAAUAACCGAUACUCGGCAGUGGUGAAGGGAUUGCACAAUGCCAUCGCCUUGGACUACCACUACAAGCGCAGCCUGCUAUUCUGGUCGGACAUCUCCACAGACGUAAUUAAAAUGGUCUACAUCAAUGGCUCCCAAGUGAGGGAUGUCAUCAAAUGGGGUUUGGAGUCUCCUGGAGGCAUAGCUGUAGACUGGGUCCAUGACCUAAUCUUCUGGACUGAUUCCGGGACAAGGCGUGUAGAAGUUUCUGACUUCGAGGGCAACCUGAGGUCGGUCAUUGUGUCGAAUGAUCUGGACAAACCACGCGCCAUUGUUGUGCAUCCCGGUGAGGCCACCGUAUUCUGGACGGACUGGGGUCCAAACCCCAAGAUAGAGCGCGCCUUUAUGGAUGGAUCGGAAAGGAGGACCAUAGUCGUCAAUGGGGUAACGUGGCCCAAUGGCCUGACAAUAGAUUAUCCCAGCCGCAAACUGUACUGGGCUGAUGCCAAACAGCAUGCCAUAGAGUGUGCCAACUUCGAUGGCACGGGUCGAGCUAAAAUCCUUAGCACUCAUCUGCCGCACCCCUUUGCCAUGACGAUUUUCGAGGACAUUAUGUACUGGACGGAUUGGAAUACAAAAACGGUGUCGUCGGCCAACAAAAUCACCGGCAAAGGUUUCCGCUCUGUCCAUGAAAAUUUCCAUUUCCCAAUGGAUAUUCAUGCCUACCAUCCGGCCAGACAACCGGACUACAACGACCAUUGUCCCAGAGAUCGCGAAGGUCGCAGAGGAGGUUGUUCCCAUUUGUGUUUGCCCAAUAAGAGAUCGCGACGCUGUGGCUGCCCCAUUGGUCUAACAUUGAAAGAAGAUGGCCGCACAUGCAAAAGCGCACCUGACGAGUUGAUAUUGGUAGCACGCCGCAAGGAUGUGCGCUUGAGGCAAUUGAACAAACAGAAAGGAUCGCCCAAUGGCGAUGUGGACAUGAUCAUACCAUUGGACAAUUUGAAGCAUGCCGUGGCCUUGGACUGGUCCAGCGAAACGGAUACAAUCUACUGGACAGACGUCGAGAGAAAUACCAUCAACAAGGCUCAUCUCAACGGCAGCUAUCAGCAAAAGAUCAUACGGUCCAACUUGGCUGGGCCGGCGGGCUUGGCCCUGGAUUGGCUGACGUCGAAACUCUACUGGACAGACCAAAUCACAUAUCGUAUUGAGGCAGCCACCACAGAUGGCAAGAUGCGCACCCUGCUGAUAUGGGAGAACCUGGAGAAACCUCGCGACAUUGUCGUCAAUCCCAUUGACGGUCUCAUGUUCUGGACAGAUUGGGGCUCCCAGCCACUUAUCGAAUGCGCCCACAUGGACGGCAAGCAGCGCAAGGUGUUGCUGUCGAAAAAUAUAAAAUGGCCCAAUGGUCUGGCCAUAGACUACGAACAACAGAAGCUGUAUUUUGUGGACGGAGGCACAAAAUCCCUGGAAAAUAUUAACUUUGAUGGCUCUGGCCGCAAGGUGCUAGUGGAUGGUUUGAGCCAUCCCUUCGGCCUGGAUGUUAGUGGCUCUCGCGUGUACUGGACUGAUUGGGACACCAAGUCGGUUUCCAGUGCGGACAAAUUAACCGGCGGCGACAUUACCACCAUCAUAGCCAACACCAGUGAUCUUAUGGACAUCAAAGUUUUUCAUCGCUCCCGCAGAAGGAUCCGAAAUGCCUGUGAUGUUCGCAAUGGAGGCUGUUCACAUUUAUGCUUGCUCAACCCCACCUCAUACACUUGUGCUUGCCCAGUGGGCAUCACAAUUCAGGCGGAUGGCCACACAUGUUCCUCUGGUCCCAGUUCGUAUAUAAUCUUCGCCCAUCGCAUUGACAUUCGGCAAAUUUCUCUGGACUUUGAUCACCUAGUGGAUGUGGUCUUGCCCUUACCUCCCAUGUCGAAGGCGGUAGCCCUGGAUGUUGACUUGAAGACCGGCGAGAUAUAUUGGUCCGACACUGUUGAGGACAUUAUUAAGAGUUCGACGCCGGAUGGGGUGCAUGUGAAUCGUGUCAUAUACGAGAGUGUGAACAAUCCUGAUGGCUUGGUGGUGGAUUCAGUGGGACGCAUGAUUUACUGGGCCGAUGCUGGCCGCCACACCAUUGAAGUGGCCACAUUGGAUGGCAAAUCGCGUCACUUGAUAGCAUGGAAGGAUCUAGAGUCUCCCCGAGGUUUGGCCUUGGACUAUGAGGCAGGCUUCCUGUUCUGGACUGAUUGGGGCCAUUAUCGCAAAAUUGAGCGUGCCGAUAUGGACGGUGAGAAUCGUCAGCGAAUUGUUACCUCAAACUUGGGUUGGCCCAACGGCCUCUCUUUGGACUUGAAGGCAAAGCGCAUCUACUGGGUCGAUGCCCAGCUCAAGACCAUUGACUCUUGCGAUUACUCGGGCAGUCAUCGCAAGCGAAUUAUGGCCUCACUGCAGCAUCCAUAUGCCUUGGCGUUAACGGACAACUAUAUAUACUGGACUGACUGGAAAUCGAAGGCCCUGCACAUGACCGAUCGCUCCAAUGUCACCAACAGGCGAGAUGUUAUGACCAACAUCGAUGGCCUUAUGGACGUCAAGGUUAUAUCGACCAACAAAACUCUGCCCGACAAUGUGUGUGGCAAAAACAAUGGUGGCUGUUCUCACCUCUGCCUACGCAAUCCUUCCGGCUACUCGUGCAGAUGUUCCAUAGGCUUGCGGCUCAAGAACGGCAGCACCACAGAGUGCGAAUAUAUGCCCGAGGAUUAUCUAUUGAUUGCCCUACGAUCCGGCAUUGGAAUGAUUUCCCUGAAUACCCCCGACUUGAUGGAUGUGGUGCUGCCCAUCCACGGCAUACAUGGAGCAGUGGUCUUGGAUUAUCACUACACCAGAAAAUGGAUGUUUGUGGCCGAUGUAAAUCUGGAUGUCAUACGACGCAUAAAUUUGCAGGACUUGAGCGAGAGCAAAGUGGUGGUUAAUGAGUUGAUGACACCUAAUGGCUUGGCUGUGGACUGGAUUGCUGAUAACCUGUAUUGGUCAGAUUCGGAUUAUAAAUUUAUUGAGGUCUCAAGGCUGGACGGCUCCUGCCGGAAGAAAAUAGUCAGCGAAGAUAUGGGCGAUCCUAGGUCACUGAUUGUUCAUCCCAAAAAAGGAUAUUUAUUCUGGGCCGACUGGGACACGCCAUCCAGGAUAGAGCGCAGUCUAUUGGAUGGCUCAAAUCGAACUGUCAUAAUCACUAGUAAUCUUGGAUUCCCAACGGGUUUGACCAUUGAUUUCGAAAAUCGUCGUCUUCUAUGGGCCGAUGCUUUGGAAGAUAAUAUUGGACAGUCUGAUUUCAAUGGCAAACGUCGAACGGUGAUUGUGCAAUAUGCCCCCCAUCCCUUUGGACUCACCAUGUUCAAAAACAACAUCUAUUGGACGGAUUGGUACAACAAGUCUGUAUUCAGAUCCCAUCUCAAGGAUCACUCCAUUUAUACACAGCCCGUGGAGAUUCGUGAAUCGCUUAGUGGGGCCCUGGAUAUACGAGCCGUUUCCCGCAUUCGCCAAGCAGAGGAGUGGAAUCAAUGCUCACAGGACAAUGGUGGUUGCACCCAUCUCUGCCUCUUCCGAGGCUCCAACUACACAUGUGCUUGUCCCGACAUACCCGAUGGCCGGGAAUGUCUUACGGUGCCCAAGUUCUAUGUGCCGCGCCGAUCCGAUGAGCUCAUACCCGAAUAUCCAGAUGAAGUAACCGAAGCCGACCUCAACCUCAUCAACGAUGACUUCGAUGACGACGACUUCCAGACGGGUCACGACAAGUUGAUUGAUCUCAAAAUGGUUAUCAUCAUUGCGACAAUUAUCGCUUUGAUAUUCCUAUUCAUAAUGAUUGCUGUGGUCAUAUACAUGAUAACGCCCACCAAACAUCCCCAGCCCAAAAGACAUUCGCGAGGUUCCAGCCGUUCGGUGUUGACUUUCUCAAAUCCAAACUACAAUGUCGAUGGCACUCCCAUGGAACCGAAGACGACCAUCUGGAAGCGUUUCAAGAACGAUCGAGCACAUGAACGUGUCUAUGAGGAACGCAGUCUGACUACAGAGACCGGCUCGUCGUCAUUAUUUGUGCCGACACCCUCGCCCACAGCCUCACCCUGUGCCAACAAAUUGCAGCUGUCGACCCUAUCAACGAUCACAUAAACAUCGACUCCCAAUCGAUUUCCCAUUCAGACCUUUUCACACCUUUCUCGCGCACCCCCACCCCACCCCUUUUGAAGAGUGGUGUUCGGUGUUUUUCCAGUUUUAAACAAAAAAACAAAAACCAAAGACAAAGACAAAAACUCUAAAAAAAAUCCGAUGCUAAGCAUCGCUGUACAAAAAAUAAUGCAAACUUUUUUAAAGAACAAAUUCUUCAAAGCGCUUCACAAAACAUUUCCUCAAUUGUAUAAAGCAACUUUACAUGACGAACGUUAUGCUCCUUCGCGCUGACCUACGCCAGAUGUGAUGUGGAGAUGUUGAUGUUCGGAAGACGAAUUAUUAGCGUAAGAAGCAAAUUCGAAAAUAUCGAAAUUCAAUGUGAAUUCUUGUGCCAAAUAUCGAAUCGACUGGAGAAGGAAUCCUCAAGAAUAAAAACAAAAAACCAACCAAAACUAAAAUUGUUCUAAACAAGCAAAACUUAUUUCUUCCCCAACAAAAUCCCAACUCCCCACCCAAUCCAAUGCUCCCCCAACCCCCGCUCCCUGCAACAACCAAAUUUUAGUUAAGUUCUCUUUAAAAGAUAACAACAACAACAACAAACUGUACAUUAGUUAAGUUUAUGCAACAAAUACCCCAAAUACUGAUUACCAUACUGUAGCGAGUAACAACAACAACACUAUUGAAACUCAAAACAAAACAAAACAACAACAAAAAGAACAAAGAACUAAUCCAAAUCAAAACUCACCACACCGGGACUUGCUUGCUCCGACAACAAGUCCUGUACGGAUACUGAGGUUUUUCGCAAAGGAAAGCCAACAUUUUUUAUACGAAACUUUUCAUUUGUUAAUGUUAAAUUGAAGAAGCAAACAAAAAAUUGUACUUCCGCAUAACUUGUAUAUAUAUGAUGAUGAAAAAAACCAAAAAAAAAACUAAAAGCCAUUUUUAAGUAUAACUACCACAUAAUAAGAAGAGAAGAGACGAGAAGAACUCAAACUCACACACACACACACACACUCACACCAUCCACACCGACACAGCAAGUUAUUCCAAUAUCUGUACAUAGAUGUUAAAUGUAUUUGUGAAUGUAAUUUUCCAAAUGUUCUCAAAAAGAAAACCCAACAUUAAAAAACAAAAUCUCAUCAAAAUUCACCAUCGCAUUCACCAAACUCACCACAAGACAAUCUAUUGGCCAUAGACUUGUAAAAUCACCUGAUCAAUAAAGACAAGGAAUUGGACCAAACGUGCCACAUAUUAGGGGCUCAAUUUGUGGCAUGUUUAAAAAAAGGACUCUGGCCAUUACUGUUGUCUUGAGAAAAAGAUAAAGAAAAUGAAAAUUGAAAAACAAAACCAACACCUUGAAUUUCUCAAUACACUGAUUUAUUUAUUCUUUUUAAUUCUCCAUAACAAUAGAAAGAGAUUUAUGCCACAUUUACUCCAAAACACAAUGUCCCAUGGAAACAUUAGCAAAGAAUAAACGGGUCGUUUGAAUAACAGUUCCUUGGAAUUCAAAAAAAUGCAAACGGACAUAAACAAUGCGACACCUAUCGUCAAAAGAAUUAACAUAACUAAGAGCGCUUCAAAUGAGAGUUUUGAAUGCAUUGGAUUACUUUGCAUUUAUGCUACACUAUGUAAUGUUAUGUAAAACUGUUGCGGAAUUCUCUAAACCGUUUUAACGCAAAUCCUUUCGUUAAAAAAGCGAUAACAGAAAAGUUAAAGAUUUUGACAUUCAGCAGCCACUUUUAACCAUAAUCGACAUCAUUAAAAUCUGCUGUUUUCUUUAACGAAUCGAAAAUCGUCGACUGAACGAAGGAAAAUUAAUUGGUGUUUAUUUUAGCGAAAGAAAUAAAGAUACAGAUUUAGAAUGGCUUUAGAGUAAUGUGCUGUUAAUAAUAUGAGAAAAAAAUCAAAAAAUAUUUCACUUUAAAAAGUAGUUAUCUGAUCAAUUUGCAAAACUCAGAAAUUCAAAUGCUGAGUAGAUUUUCAAAUGGCCGCUUUUCUUGAUCUGUUCCCGAAGUUUUGAGUUUCCCUUCCGCUGGUGGGGCAGGUUUAUUUUUAAACGAUUUCUCAGCUGGGAUUUCAUUAUUCAUUUGGCCGGCCAACAUGACUCAGCAAACUGAACCGUUGUAUUCAGAUAUGUUUGAAAUAUUAUCCAUCUACGAAGAUUGACCAGCAAAUAUGUUUCUUAAAUGCUGCCUUGUCUGCUUUCGCAACUCAACACUUUCUGUUUACCUGCGCUUACCAGGCAUUCCGAGCAUUGGUACCAUC